GUACAACACUAAGAACAUAUAUCUCCAAAUACCUGGCCACCAGUAUUCUUGCCAGAGGAGUCUCUCUCUACGUCCUUCCGAUCGACGAAGCACACAAACCCUCAUCUUCAAGUCAUAGACAUUGUGUUACCCUCCCAAAACCCUCCAUUUUCAUCUCCUGCCGCUUUCCUAAUUAUUCGAAUGAGCUGUCCCGGAUCCAGUCUCUGAAAGAUCCUGCUCGGCAGUCCAUUACUCUACCUCUUGGUCUCGAUAUACCGACUCUGUCUCCGGUUUGAUGUGAUGCCCCCGUGGUUGCUGGCCAACAUCCAGCACAUCGAGACCCGUUGCGGGGAUUCCAACCGUUGACAGGCCUUACUCCUCUCCCUUUGCUACCUACACAAGAACCUCCAUAUAAUACAGCACUUCCAAUCAACAUCGCCGGCAAUGCUGGCCGAUGGCAACCAUGAGUGGAAUUUCACAGCCUUUGCCCGGCCUCCUUGACACUUUCCAAUUCUCCAUCCCCGACUUACCUGCCCUCGGCGAUUUCCACAUCGCCCCGCUGCGAGACCCGGUCCCCUCACGUUCUACGAAAGUCCCCUUGCCACUGGAGCCUUUACCUGGCCCUGCCCACAGCAAGACACGAAAUCCGGAGGUCCCAUUUGCAGAGAAUUUCAUUGAGAAAAGGAGAGGACCUCAGAUCACCCCCAAUGAUGUCCUGCUCGCCCGAGAGGCCAAAAAACCACAUCUUGCGAUCAGCGAAUUACUUGAAGCCAACAGCGGGAGAGAUGUGACACCAACACAGUUGCCCUCGUUCAUCAGCCUGUCGGUUGUGGAGAGAUCUCCCAUACAAGUCCCCUCCAGUCUCGAAAACAUUGAGUAUCACGCUCCAAAGCGACUUAAGCUUGACAACGAGAUUGAUCAUGUCUCCAAUGACCCUAUUCGCCGACUGCCUCGCCCGCCUCAGAAGGACGGUAGACAUCCCCCCCGACCUGCUCCGUUGUUACCUGCCAUGGUUACAGGGCUUCAUGAGCCUCCACCCUCGGCUGCGUUGUUGCCUUCCAUUGACGUGCCACCCCGGCCAUCCCUUGUUCGCGCUGCCACGAGUUCCAAAAUACAUGUCAAGGAUAUCUUGAGCACUUCAAACCCUGAAAAAUCUCCGCCCCCGCCUGUAUCCAAUACCCUGGCUCCGGGAUCAGAAAAGACACGAUCUCAUCUGUCCCCAGGCCCCGUUGGCCCGUCGUCUCGGGCAGGCAGCCCAAUGUCUACCGAGAACUCGACACAACUCAGUAUUUCAAGGGAUGGCAAAACCAGAAGAGCUCGACGAAAGUGGUCUGAGCAAGAAACUCAAGACCUCUUAGCUGGUGUGCACAAGUACGGUGCUGGUCGGUGGAAACAGAUCCUCGAAGACCCUGCCUUCAACUUCUGUGAACGAAGCUCGGUAGAUCUGAAGGACCGGUACAGAGUUUGUGCAAACAACGAUGCCUCAGUCAAACCUCUGCAAGCACCAAGCAGGACACCGUCGAAUGAAGACCUGACCAGAUUUGCUCAAUCAAACUCAUUUCGGAUACACGGAGAACUAGGCGAGAUACAAGCAACAACGCCGUCCGGUGCCAAAGGCCAACCCACGAAACAACGCCGCAAACGGUGUGCAUGGACCGCUGUGGAAGACCAGAACCUUCUCGACGGAGUAGUCAAGCACGGGUUCCAAUGGACCCUGAUCCACGAUGACCCAGAGCUCAACCUACACCAUCGCCGCGCGACAGAUCUACGUGAUCGCAUUAGAAACCGAUUUCCCGAUGGUUACAAGCACGCCGACGUAGCCCCGUUCAGAUCAGAAGUGAAAAAGGCGGAAAAGACAGGCGCUGUCUCGAGACUGGCCCCUGCUAUCAACGGUAGUGGCACUGGAGAUGUCGACAGCCCAGCACAGAGUCCCAUAUUUUCCAAAUCCACCAUGGUACGACUCGAAACACCCACCACUCUACCUCUGCAUGCCUCCAACGAGCAAAACCGCACUGUCUCCGCCACCGUUCACAUGAUGAUUCACCGCACCAACAGUGACGGCAACCUAGUCGCCCACAAGUACGACCGGGACAAGGACAUUGCCAGAGACAAGGAACAGAGCAAAGAUCAGACUCAACCCAUGGUCACUUUACCGAGCUUCAGUCUCGGUGUCGACGAUGACAUGGAUUGGGAUAACCGACUUCCUCCUAUGCAUGAAUGGGACGAUAUCGGUAUCUAGUGCUUGGCUUGCGAGCUCGCUAGCUGGCCAGUCUAGUCUUUUCAAGAGUGUCUCCGAUCGAUCUACCCUGCCAUGAGGAAGAGAUGGAACAGGACCGAACUCAGGAGGAAAUGGGUUUCCACUUAUUCAGCUGAAGGUGUUGCAAAGCGCAUCAAGCUCGACCAUAUCAGGUUUCUGGUCUGAUUGUUAUCUCGUACAAGAUUUUUGUGCUUUCUUUGUUAAGGAGUUGUGCAAUAUGCGCAUAAUGUGCUUUUUCUAUUGAUACCCCCAUAGUAAUUCUGCUAAUGCUUCAAAAAACGAAUGGAGCCUGCUGGCUGGCUCUGACUUAUAUCAAUCCUUC